CAAAACACAAGUAGAAAAAUAAUUAUUUGUUGUUGUUAGAAGUGUCAUAAAGAUAUAUACGUAAUUACUAACAUAAGUAAAAAUGGACAAAAAAUUAAACAAAGCCAAAUCGCACUCGCUAUACUUCCAAUUUUCUUUCCCCCUGAUUUGUUACUUUUCUCAAACAUUAUCGGUUAAUACUAUCUUCCUUCGUCCAAUUUUCACCUUCUUUUUCAUUCUCUCUUUUGUUUUCGUCCUUUUCAUUAAACACGAAUACAAGCAUGGCACGAGCACGUAUAGGCACGGCACGAUUCGAACCGUGCCCGGGCCUGGGCCGGGCCUAGCAAAAUUAACAAAUGGGCUUGCAUGACACGGCACGAAAACUAACGGGCCGUACCAAGCACGACACGAAAUAAAUGGGCCCGAAGCGUGCCCGUGCCGUGCCGGCCCAAGCACGGCCCAGCGCCCGUAUACACUCUAGACCCUGAAUGAUCAAUUGCAAGUGCUGAAACGAUCUGUCAAGCAACAAUGGGGAAAGUUUUCAGACAAAGGCUAGCCGCCGCCUUCGGGGGCUUGCUCGGUUCAGGACUACAGGCGCAACUGACCAUGGACGACGGGGAAGGCCGAAUUGUGCCGGCGCCCGGCGGUGAAUAGAGAUUCGGUAACUCGUAAACAGCGUACACCUCCACUAGAAAUCAACAAUUCGCUUAUUGGUCCAGGGCCCAUCUUAGUUUACUUCCUCCAAUUGGGCUUUUGUCGUGCCAAGUCUGAAUGGGCAGUAGUCGUCUUCGUCUACCACGUUUCAGUUUUGGUUCAGCGAGAACUGUGCGAAGCAGAUUCAUGUUUUUCAUGCCCAGGUCCUUCCUUGUCUUCACUUCCUCGUCGGUUCCCAAAUCGACGACGGCUGGGGAGUGGGGGCUGCAAUGCAAUUAUGCAAACAACUCUUUGUCUCGCUGCUAUUUUGGAGACCCCUCCACUCCACUCAUACAUCGUCCGUUUCCUUAUUCACGAUGAUUGGGGUAGCCAUCGACUGACGACUGCAAUGCAAGCAACUCUCGCCUCGCUGCUAUUUAGAGACCCCUCCACAGCUCCACUCCACCAUAUCUUCCGCACUGACAAUUUAGCCGUCUCUGCAUCGACCUUUCACAACAAUAAUGUGAAGUCUAAGUCUCACUGCUCCUGUUCUGUUACUUCACUAGCAUGUUUGGGAAGGUGGGUCUACUGGUUUUUCACUCGUUUUUUCCCCUUUCCUGGUUUUGAUUUCUUUGCAGGGACGGGGAAGGAAGAGGGUUGAAGCCGAUGGACUCAGAGCAGCUGAGAGAGUAUGGACACCAGAUGGUUGAUUUUGUUGCCGACUACUACCAGAAUAUCGAGAAUUACCCUGUUCUCAGCCAAGUCGAGCCUGGCUACCUUCUGAAACUGCUACCUGAUGCAGCACCGAAUCAACCUGAAUCAUUGCAGAGCGUCCUUGACGAUGUUCAGUCGAAGAUACUUCCAGGGGUGACUCAUUGGCAAAGUCCAAGCUUUUAUGCUUACUAUCCUGCCAACAGUAGUGUUGCCGGGUUCUUGGGAGAAAUCCUGAGUGCUGGGAUUAACAUGGUGGGUUUCAGCUGGAUAACUUCUCCUGCUGCCACGGAGCUCGAGAUGAUUGUGCUAGAUUGGCUUGGUAAAUUGCUUAAACUGCCCCAGGAAUUCCUCUCAUCAGGACAUGGUGGAGGAGUGAUACAAGGAAGUGCAAGUGAAGCUGUUCUGGUUGUACUGUUGUCUGCUCGUGAUAAGACGUUGAGGAUGGUUGGCAAAAGUGCCCUUGGGAAGCUAGUUGUUUAUGGAUCUGAUCAAACACACUCUGCGUUACAGAAAGCCUGCCAGAUAGCUGGAAUUCAUCCUGAAAAUUGCCGGCUGCUGAAGACAGACUCGUCAACAGAUUAUGCUCUUUCUCCGGAAAUAGUUAAUGAAGCAAUUUCACAUGACAUUUCUAUUGGAUUGAUCCCCUUCUUUCUAUGCGGAAAUGUAGGCACUACUUCGUCAGCAACGGUUGAUCCCUUGUAUUCUCUGGCCAAGAUUGCCAAGAGUAAUGGCAUGUGGUUUCAUGUGGAUGCUGCAUACGCUGGAAGUGCUUGCAUAUGUCCGGAAUACCGCAGGUACCUAGACGGAGUUGAAGAAGCAGACUCUUUCAACAUGAAUGCGCACAAAUGGUUCUUAACCAACUUUGAUUGUUCUACCCUGUGGGUCAAGGACAGGAAUGCUCUCAUCCAGUCCCUCUCCACAAAUCCAGAAUUUCUGAAGAACAAGGCCUCACAAGCUAAUUUGGUGGUGGAUUACAAAGACUGGCAAAUCCCUCUUGGACGUCGGUUCAGGUCAUUGAAACUAUGGAUGGUACUACGAUUAUAUGGUGUGGAAAAUAUACAGAACUACCUCAGAAAUCAUAUCGAGCUGGCAAGAUACUUUGAAGUGUGUGUUGGCCAAGACCCAAGAUUUGAGAUUGUCGCCCCACGUAAAUUUUCGCUGGUCUGUUUUCGCCUCCUACCUCCUGUGGACGACAAUGAAGCUCAUGGCAGCAACAAACUGAAUCAGGACCUGCUGGAAGCUGUCAAUUCAACCGGGAGAGUUUUCAUAACACACACUGCCUUAUCAGGGAUGUACAUAUUGCGGCUCGUGGUUGGAGCGCCGUUGACGGAGAGGAGACAUAUAUAUGCAGCUUGGAAACUGUUGCAGGAUGAAGCAUGUACUCUGCUUUGUAGUCCACUUCAGGAAAAUGGCAACCUCCCCAAGUCUCCACCACCUAUUGGGUUUUUUGGGAAUGGUUCUAAAGCAGAACCAUUACCACAAAAGUGAUAAAGCUUCUGUAGUUAGAAAUCUGAAAUCUUGGAAAAUCUGUAGAAAUCCAUUGGGUGUGGUGUUGUUAGAAAUUGCAUAUUUGGUGAUUUAAAGGGAGAAAUUGGGGAUUUGGGAUUGAAGAAUAAAAAUUGGGGAAUAACAAGAAAAAAUGGUUGUUGGUCCUUUAGAGAGAGAUACACUAGAUUUGAGAGAAUAGAGAGAUUAAGGUUUGGGAUACAUUCUAUAAUAUUUGUCAUUGAUUGAUUCCAAUUAGAAGUUACUGGAAAAAUUAAUUAAUAAUCUAAUACUUUUCGAAUACUGCCUACCUUCAUAAUUAUUAUCAUUAUUAUUUAAUUAAAAUCACAAACAUCAACAAUAGGGAGAUACUGUUCCUUGUGAAAAAAACGCAUCCAAUUUACUCCAAUGAUUUUCGAAGGUACUGUUCCUAAUGAAUUUAAUCUCUUAGU